AUGGGGGCCACUGGUGACGCUGAGCAGCUGUGGGGACCUGGUAAAGCAGAAUGGGGUAGCCCCGAACUCGGAGACGCGGGCGCAGCGGGGCAGCUGGUUCUCACGAAACCUUGGAACAUAACGGUAAAGCCCCAGCAGGUGCAGCGAAGGGGCCGCCGCUUGCAGAUGACAAGUUUCACAUAUCCUUCCACCUCCAUGGACUUCCUUCAAGCUGUCCUGCAGCCUAGCAUCAAUGAAGAGAUCCAGACUGUCUUCAACAAGAAAAUGAAGUUCUUCCAGAAGGCAGCACUGAAUGUGCGAGACAACGUUGGGGAAGAGGCGGAUGCAGAGCAGCUGAUCCAGGAGGCCUGUGGGAGCUGCCUGGAGCAGGCUAAACUACUGUUUUCAGAUGGAGAAACAAUUAUACCCAGAUUGACCCAUGAGCUUCCAGGCAUAAAGUGUGGUGGACAGGCAGAGGAAGAAUGUGCCCAUCGAGGAAGCCCCAUUCCCAAAAAGAGGAAGGGACGGCCUCCUGGACACAUCCUAUUAAAUGACCGGGCAGCCACUGGCAUGGUAUGGAAACCAAAAUCCUGUGAAUCAAUUCGUGGAGAAGGCCCCAAAUGGCUGAAUGAAUCUACCACCUUUGUGUUGGGAUCUCGAGCCAACAAGGCCCUGGGGAUGGGGGGGCACCAGAGGGGAAUCUACGUCCAGCACCCACACCUCUUUAAGUAUGCAGCUGACCCCCUGGACAAACACGGGCUGGCUGAGCAGCAUCAGACGCAGCCAACGGGGAAGAUGACCUACCUCCUCAUCGAGGAGGACAUCUGGGACCUCGCUGCCAGUGAUGACUACAGAGGAUGCCCGAACCUGAUAGAAGAACUGAAAUCCUUUGUCCUACCCUCCUGUAUGGUUGAGAAGAUGAGAAAGUACAUAGAGAUACAACAGACAGAGACUGUGCAUCACACCUUCACAGACCUGAAGCACCUUCACAGACCUGAGCCAGGUUUCUUGGCUACACUUGACAGCCGUCCUCCAAGGCUCUCUUACCCAGAUGGGUGA